AUGGCUCCAAAACGCCGGCCCGUCAAUGUUGUGCGCUCUGGCAAUGCGGGUAACUCGUCCAAGGCCAAGCCGGACCCUAAGAAGGACGCAAAUGGCACCACGGACCCGGACAAGCCAGUGCGGCCCCCACCACUCUUUCCCGUCGGCUACAAAAGCCCUGUGACGAUUCUGAAUGAGAAAUGUCAGAAGGCCGGGUGGGAGCGCCCCAUCAUCGAUGUUAAAGCCAACAAGGGUACGCCGACUACCUUCAGUGGCGCGGUGACGUUGCGCAAGCGCAAGAACAAGAACGUCUAUGACCUCGACACAGUACGGAUGAUGCCGCACCCGCCGCUUCAGAUCGACUCUGAUGCGAUGGCGAAACACUUUGUCGCGACGUACGCGCUCUUCCGCUUCUGCUCGCACCUUCCAAUGGCGAUGACGCUUCCCCCAACGAUCAGGCCGUACUGGUCCGAGCUGUUAGCGGAGAAGGGGUCGGCUCCUGCACAUAGGGAAUGGGAAUGGAAUGCGGACCCGUUCGCGGCGAAGAAGGAGGUCGAGGAACGGCAGUCGAAGAAGGCCGACAAGGAGCGCGCGGUGGAGGAGAGCAAGGCUGAGGCUCGGGGAGAACGGGGGAGCGGACGGAGCACGCCCGCCGCGCCGGACGGUCGCAAACACGGGCGCGCAUGGGAGGAGGCACCGGAGGUACGUAUGGCGCCGGCGUUGCGCGAGAUGGUCGAGGGCGUCGUCAAGAAGAUGAUGAAGCGUUUCCCGAGCGCCGUGAUGGAAGCGACCCGUGAUAUGGGCGGGAGUGGCUCCAACACUCCAAGCGGAGCAGCGACGCCAUCGACGCCAGCGCUGGACCUGCAGAGCGUCAAGAAGCAGCUCGACACGCUCGGGUUCCGGCCCGCUCACGUCGCGAGCUGUCUCUCCGCGCUCGCGGCCGCCCACGCGCGGCUCCAUUCCGGCGCGGGCGGCAGCUCGGACCCGCUCGUCCUGAGCUUGAACUUGCUGUCACCGCUCGAGGCUGCUAUCGAAUGGCUCCUCCUCCACCUGCCCGAGGACGAUCUGCCUGCCCGUUACCGCCCCGGUACGUCAGGCGCCAACAUGGUAACUGGUGCGACUGUGGGUGGCCAGGAACAACUGGUGCGUGGAUGGCUGGUCGACAAGCUCGUGCGCGACGCCGGAUUCCCGCGCAAAGCUGUGGAAUCUGUGCUGAGCAUCGAGGGGCGCGAAUCUCUCGCCCUCGAGAUGCUGGGCCGCCGUCUUUGCGGGUGGCACGGCACCGACGGGGGAUGGGGUGACGCCGAAGUCAUUCCCGCCGAGGAGGACGAGGAGCGGCAAGUUUGCAGAGACGAAGAGAUGCUUGCCCUCGAUGCUGUGCUCGGCGAACGAUUCCGGCACGUCUCGGGAGAGGGCGGCGCGGCGGAUGAGAUCGCAGUCGACCUCGACGCCGGCAAGGAGCGGCUGACCCUCCACGUCGUGCUGGACGCGUACUCUCCCUAUCCGUCGCCACAGUAUCCGCAACGCGCUCCCGCCUUCUAUCUGACGAGCACGACGCUGCCGGCAUACAUGCGCCUUCACCUGCACGCUGAUAUGCUGCGUGCGUUCCGCGACCCCGAACGACACGACCUCGUCGCCGUGCUAGAGGCCGGUAUGGGAGGUGUCGUGCUCAGCAUGGCUGAGCAUUUGGAGACUGCCAUUCCCGGAGUUGUCGCGCACCCACCCGACCUUGCGCAGGUCACGAAGCACCUCGUCCCCCACGUCGAGGAGGAGGAGGAGGCACCGGUCGCCCGUGCGGCGAAGAAGGUCCAGCGCACGCGUGGGCCGCGGCGUCGACGUGAGCCCACCACCGCGGAACACGAGGCUGUGCGCCGCGCCCACGAACGUCUGCUCGCCAACCCGGCCUAUGCGCCGAUGCUUGCUGAACGGCAGAAGCUGCCUGCGUGGAAGACGCGCGGGGAGAUCUGCGGCGCACUCGACUCGAGCCGCGUCCUUGUCGUUGUGGGUGAGACGGGAUGCGGUAAGAGUACGCAGCUCCCCCAGUUUAUCCUCGACCACGAGAUUGCCGCCGGCCGCGGCGCGAGCACCAACAUCAUCGUCACGCAGCCGCGGCGAGUCGCUGCAAUGGGGGUUGCCUCGCGUGUCGCGCAGGAACGCCUCGAGGACGUCGACACCAAGCCCGAGAGCGUGGGCUACAGUAUCCGCGGAGAGCACCGCUCGAGCCGCGACACACGCGUGCUCUUCUGCACGACAGGUGUCGUGCUCCGCCGCCUGGGAACCGGGGAUACCGAUCUGGCGGACGUCAGCCAUGUCAUUGUGGAUGAGGCGCACGAGCGCGGUGUCGACACCGACCUCCUCAUCUGUUUGUUGCGGGACCUUCUGGCACGCAACAAGCACAUCAAGGUUGUCCUCAUGUCCGCGACCAUCAACGAAAAGAUCUUCAUCGACUACUUUGGCGGCUGCCCCUCGCUUACGAUUCCGGGGUUCACUCAUCCGGUCAAGGACUACUACCUGGAAGACGUGAUCCCCAACUUGAGCUACAAGCCUACUCCAAGCCGCUUCGGGCCGCGCCUGAACGAGGAGCAGAAGGCUUCUAUGCGCGCCGACUACGAGAAGCUCGGGCUGGCUGAGGACGACCUCCGCGCGCUCGAAGUCAUCUCGCAAGCCGACCGGAUCGAUUACGGCCUCGUCGCGGCGACAGUUAAGCAUAUCGUGGACACGGCGGACAGUAACGGCGCAUUGCUCAUCUUCAUGCCUGGUGUCAUGGAGAUCCGGCAGUGUAUCCAGGAGCUCCAAUCCACUCCUCUCGGUGCAGUCGAGAUCCUCCCCCUCCACGCCAACCUGUCGUCGGCGGAACAGCGGCGCGUCUUUCCCUCCACAGCGCCACGGCGCAAGAUUGUCGUCGCGACGAACGUGGCCGAGACGUCCGUCACCAUCCCCGACGUCGUGUAUGUUGUCGACACUGGACGCGUCAAGGAGACUCAGUAUGAUGCCGACAACGGCCUCCAGCGCCUGGUGGAGUGCUGGACUUCGCGUGCGUCGGGCCGGCAGCGACGCGGUCGUGCAGGCCGUACCCAGCCUGGCCAGUGCUUUAAGCUGUAUACGCGCCGGACAGAGAACAACAGUAUGCCGCGUUUCCCUGUCCCGGAGAUCCUGCGGACGCCGCUCGAAGCCCUCUUCCUUCAAGUGAAGGCGAUGGACGAGGACACGGACGUGCGUGCGUUCCUAGGCCGCGCGCUCGACCCACCGAAAAUGGACGCAAUCGACGCGGCAUGGCAGACGCUCCUGGACCUCGGCGCGGUCGAGAGCGAGAAGCAUACGGCGCGCCUUACCGCCAUGGGAAGGCACAUGUCCAUGAUUCCCGUCGACCUCCGCCUGUCCAAGAUGCUCGUCCUGGGCACCGUCUUCAAGGUCCUUGACCCCGUGCUCACCAUCGCCGCCCUGCUGUCCUCCAAGCCGCUCUUCACAUCUCCCCUGGAUAGGCGAGACGAGGCCAAGCGCGCACGCGAGGCCUUCUCCACCGCCCGCUCAGACCUCUUAACCGACGCAAAGGCGUACGACGCGGUCUCGAAACUACGCGGAGCCGAAGCCCGCAGAUUCUGCGAGGCAAACUUCAUCUCCCCCUCGGCUUUGCGGGACAUCACCUCCCUCCGGUCCGACUUUUCCGCCGCGCUCACCCAAAUCGGGUUCCUCGAGCGCGGCGCCGCAGCCCUCGCUGCAGCCUCUUCUCAAGCUCACGAUACCAACUUGGUAAAAGCAGUCCUUGUUGGAGGGCUCUAUCCCCGCGUGGCGCGUAUCGCUUUGCCAGAAGCCCAAUUCGAACGGCUCUCCCAUGGAACCCUACAGAAAGAUCACGAGGCCAAGCAAGUACGCUUCUUCGAUACGCAGGGACGCGUCUUCCUCCACCCGUCGAGCAUCAUGUUUGCAGAAUCUGGCUGGAAGAGGGGCUACGUCGCCUACUUUUCCAAGGCUGAGACGUCCAAGGUCUUCUUGCGCGACGCAACCGACGUGCCGUUGUACGCGUUGUUGUUGUUUGGAGGCGCGAUCACGCUCAACCAUUACGUCGGCGGGAUCAUGCUUGGGAAUGGGGCUGUCAAACUUCGGGCUGGGACGAGGAUUGGUGUCCUCUGCGCCCAGCUUAGGAGGUUGUUGGACGCGCAGUUGGCCGAGCUCGUUGAGAGUCCCCAUGGCGCGGCCGAUGUGCGCGGUGACGUGACGGCCGCUAUGGCGGCGCUGUUGGCCAGAGAUGGGUUGACGCAGUAG